CCCAAAAAGAGUCCAGAAAAGAAACCAUCACUGGAUUUCUAUCCCCUUUUUCACCAUCAUCCUCAAUCUAUAAUAAACCAAACCCUAGGGUGUGUGGCUGGGUAUGUGUGAAGGACCACCAAAUGGGUGGAGCAGAGCUCGAGGACUGGUGGUGAAGACGCUGGUCUUAAUCGGCGGUGCUCUUUUGAUCAAACGCUUCACUAAAUCCACCACUCGUUGGGACCAUGCUCGCAUCGUUUCCAACUCCCUCACCGGCGAAAAGUUUUCGAAGGAACAAGCGGCUAGAGAUCCGGAUAAUUUCUUUAAUUUAAGGUGGCUUUGCUGCCCGGCUGCGGAUAUGGUGGAUGGAUCAAAGGUUCUAUAUUUUGAGCAAGCGUUUUGGAGAACUCCUCAUAAGCCGUUUAGACAGAGAUUUUGUACGGUGAAGCCUUGCCCAAAAGAGAUGAAAUGUGACGUUGAGUUGAGUACAUAUGCCAUCAGGGAUGCAGAGGAAUACAAGAACUUUUGUGAUCGCUCAAGGGACCAGCGUCCACUGCCUGAAGAAGUUAUCGGGGAUGUAGCAGAACAUCUAACAACCAUACAUCUUAACCGCUGUGAACGAGGGAAACGAUGCUUAUACGAGGGUUCAACCCCGCCUGAAGGCUUCCCCAAUUCAUGGAAUGGUGCUUCAUAUUGUACCUCAGAACUGGCGGUCUUGAAGAAUAACGAGAUCCAUACAUGGGACAGGGGUUAUGAUGAUGAUGGGAAACAAGUUUGGGGGGUGAAAAAUGGUCCUUAUGAAUUCAAGCCUGCUCCAGAACCUGCAACUGGACCUGCAUAUACUUCUGUUGAUAUGUUAUCUACUUUGAAUUUCCCCCUUUCUAUUGAUAAGAGGAUAGAAGGUUCCUUUGUUCUGCAAGAAUAAUUAUGUUACACUUUAUUUAAUCUUUAUAUAUAGCUAUACAAUGAACAAUUCAUCUUUUUUUCUUUCGAA